AUGAAAUCAUUCUCAUCCCUUUCCGUGUCGAAUACAUUGGUUAUUCUUUCUAAUUUUGUUUCCAAAGCCUCAGCGCUCGCGAAAGACGCGCUUUGCUAUAACCCAGAUGGCAUACGAGCCCCGGGAAACUAUCCCUGCUUUCUGGGACAGGCAGCCAGCGCAUGUUGUGGUGAAGAAUUUAUCUGUGAAGCAUCAGGACUUUGCAAAGUCCCUUCAUCAGUAGGAGUGAGUCACUUAAUUCGAGGCACUUGUACCGACCAGAAAUGGGAAUCUUCCGACUGCCCGCAGUAUUGUACUGGUAAGAAGCAUGUGAACAUUUGUAUUGUGGUCAGAAGUUGACAACCACAGAUGCCAAAACUGGAGGAACGGAUAUCAUCAGUUGUCAAAAUGUGGGAAGACAGGUCUCGAUUUCUGUUGCGACCAUACUACCGAUUGUUGCGAUUCGGGAAUCGGGAGAUUUCAGGUGUUAUUCAAUACGGAUGUUCAUACUUUGGGGCCGUCUGGAGCGUCAAUUUCUACGAUAGCGUCGACGAGUGUAUCGAGUUUGGUUAGCACAAGGGGAAAUCCAAGCACAACGAGCACGAUGAAUAGUGCAGCUCCCUCCACUUCGUCAAUUAUAUCCAUAGCUUCGCCCCAAUUCCCGACAACGAUUCCACACAACUCAAGUACAGGCCUUUCGACUGGUGCUAGAGUAGGAAUUGGUAUUGGAUGCGGAGUACUUGGAUUGGCUAUCUUGGCAGGUUUGGCAUAUCUCUGGUUUUCGCGUAGGCAACCAAAUGCGAAAGAUAAUACUGUGGAGA